AUGCUCAUAAGCUCGGGGACACCUGGCCCUUGUGCCGCGCGGACUAGUGGGAAUGCAGGAUUAACACAGUAUGGCAAGUCUUCCCUGUUUUUUGUUUGCCUCCUGAGUUCUCGGUCAUCCUCAGCGCUGACUGAGAGCGGGGAACUCGGGUCCUACACUAGAGAGGGAACUCGGGCCUCAGAGCAGGAACAGAGGUGCCGCGCAGUCAGCCCCCCGGAGCACGCGGCGCCGGGUCACGUGAGAGGGGAGAGCACGAAAAGGACCCUAGCGCGCAUGUACGCCCGACCCCAGGGAAAUCACGUGAAGGGGGUCGAAGGCGGGGCCACCGAGGAGGAGGAGGAGGAGGUGGACGAGGAGGAGGGGCGCGCGGCUUCCGGCGGCUGGGGGGGGCCAGCGAGCGGAGGGGGGGGCCCUGUCCCGGAGGUGGCGGCGGCGCCAUCUUGGCGAAGGGGGGAUCAGGAAUCCAUCUUCCACCGCGGCCACGAGCGCUUCCGCAUUGCCAGCGCUUGCCUGGACGAGCUGAGCUGCGAGUUCCUGCUGGCUGGGGCCGGAGGGGCCGGGGCGGGGGCCGCGCCCGGACCGCAUCUCCCUCCCCGGGGGUCGGUGCCUGGGGAUCCCGUCCGCAUACACUGCAACAUCACGGAGUCAUACCCUGCUGUGCCCCCUAUCUGGUCGGUGGAGUCUGAUGAUCCUAACUUGGCCGCUGUCUUGGAGAGACUGGUGGACAUAAAGAAAGGAAAUACUCUGCUAUUGCAGCAUCUGAAGAGGAUCAUCUCCGACCUGUGUAAACUCUAUAACCUCCCUCAGCAUCCAGAUGUGGAAAUGUUGGAUCAGCCCUUGCCAGCAGAGCAAUGCACACAGGAAGAUGUGUCCUCAGAAGAUGAAGAUGAGGAGAUGCCUGAGGACACAGAAGACCUAGAUCACUAUGAAAUGAAAGAGGAAGAACCAGCUGAGGGCAAGAAGUCUGAAGAUGAUGGCAUUGGCAAGGAAAAUUUGGCCAUAUUAGAGAAAAUUAAAAAGAACCAGAGGCAAGAUUACUUAAAUGGUGCAGUGUCUGGCUCGGUGCAGGCCACUGACCGACUGAUGAAGGAGCUCAGGGAUAUAUACCGUUCACAGAGUUACAAAGGUGGAAACUAUGCAGUCGAACUUGUCAAUGACAGUCUGUAUGAUUGGAAUGUCAAACUCCUCAAAGUUGACCAGGACAGCGCUUUGCACAAUGAUCUCCAGAUCCUCAAAGAGAAAGAAGGCGCCGAUUUCAUCCUACUUAACUUUUCUUUUAAAGAUAACUUCCCCUUUGAUCCACCAUUCGUCAGGGUUGUGUCUCCAGUCCUCUCUGGAGGGUAUGUUCUGGGUGGAGGUGCCAUCUGCAUGGAACUCCUUACCAAACAGGGCUGGAGCAGUGCCUACUCAAUAGAAUCUGUGAUCAUGCAGAUCAGUGCCACACUGGUGAAGGGAAAAGCACGAGUGCAAUUUGGAGCCAAUAAAUCUCAAUACAGUCUGACAAGAGCACAGCAGUCCUACAAGUCCUUGGUGCAGAUCCACGAAAAGAACGGCUGGUACACACCCCCAAAGGAAGAUGGCUAACCUCGGAGAGUCCUCCCUGUCCUCCUUCCCCAGGCACCACUGGACCAAUUACCUUUGAAUGCUGUAUUUGGAUCUCACGCUGCCUCUGUGGUUCCCUCCCUCAUUUUUCCUGGACGUGAUAGCUCUGCCUAUUGCAGGACAAUGAUGGCUAUUCUAAACGCUAAGGAAAAAAAAAACCAACACAGAACUGUUUCAAGUACUCAAGACUGACUUACAGACCAACCAACCACCUUGCUGGAACCCUUGCUAGCAGGCAUUCUUAUAAAAGAAACUUUCGAGCCUCCUUAUAUUGCUGGAACUCAGCUGUGCUCCAGACUAGAGCCUCCUUACCUAUGCUAUGGAUUUUUAAUUUAUUUUCUCUUAUUUCAUGUACACUGCUUUUUUUGGUUACAGUGUAUGAUGGAUGUGUAUGAAAAAAAUGUAUCUUUGGGAAAACAAUUACAGUUUGUUAAUUUGAA